AUGGCAACUGCGAAGGAGUAUAGUUUGAUUAAUUUUGAAAAAUCAAUGGCAAAUCUAUAUCGUAAGAGUCCGGCAGUUGGACAAUACCUAGAAAAGAAAGUUGGGUAUGAAUUUUGGUCCCGAGCACAUUUCAAAGGAAUUCGUUACAAUAUUAUGACAACUAACAAUGCAGAAUCUUUGAACUCGUUAUUCAAGAAUGCUCGGGAGUUUCCAGUACUUGCUAUGGUUGAACAAAUAAGAAAAACUUUACAGAAAUGGUUUUAUGAGAGACACAUUGAGGCGGAAGAAUGUGCAAGUACUCUAACCCCGCCCAUUGAGGAUAAAAUGCGUAAAAAUUGUCUGACAAAGUAUGAUAGCUACUUCAGACAAAUUUUUGAUAAAUAUGACAGCAUCACAAUUUGUUCAGACCAAAAUGGCAUCAGAUUUGUGACAUUCUUUAUGAAGAUGGUUGAAUCUGUAAGUAAAUUACAGGAGAGAAAGAUGAGCUCGCAUAUUGAUGGUAUUGAAAUGGAUUCAGAUGGAGUUUACCCCAAGGAUUAA